UUUGGAUAUGUACUUUUAGAUAUACCGCUUUGUUAUGUGGCCGAAUGCAUCCACUCUGAAAAGUGAAAGUCUUCGGAACACUCCACAGGCGGGUCACGAGGUCACGCCAAGCAUGGACACGCACGCCCUUCUCGCCUUGCUUCUCGCCGUCCUGAGCCGCGACGCCUUCGGAAGGUCGCCCGAAGGAGCACUGGUUCGAGAGAAUAUUCGGAAAGAGGCGAAUGGAGUUGGAAAAACGUCUUCGGUCAGACAUGGUGUUUUGACCCCGUGGAAGCCCAGGUCACUGUCGCCCGAGAGGAUGAAGAGGUCACUGGGAAAACAAGACCGGAAUUAUGAGUAUGACCUGCAGGAAGAAGGGCCAGCGAUCGCAGAUCCUUCAGUGACCUCACACUCCGCCCAGGUCCCCUCUAUCACCCGACUCCUACCGGUCUUUCAUUUCUCGGAGGUCGUACGCGAUCCGGAGAGCAUGGGCCAAAGUCUUGUAGCGGAUGGCGUGUAUUUGCCCCCGGCCAGGCGUCGCGUCCUACCCAAAGGCUUACGAUUCGCUCCUAACAUUGUGAACCAACCGUUCCUGCCCUGUACCGGCGUAUGCGAGGCGCGCAACAGUAAUGGAGAUUGUGAAAUUGAUGUUAUGUGUAUUUUCGUAUGAAAGCUACGUGUCCUUGGUGAAUAAUACUGAUUUAAGUCCCCUU